AGGAAUUGACUUGCUACAUCCUGUCACAAGGGUCUGUGGAGAGCAAGCGGGCAAAACUCUUCACUUUUCAACAGACGAGGAAGCAGACAUCUGUUAAAGCAUGUCAGACUCCUUGGUUGUGUGUGAUGUGGAAGAGACCCUGAUGUCUAAACUGAAGAAGUUUCGUUUCCGUAAAGAAACCAACAACGGAGCCAUCAUUAUGAAGAUUGACAAGGAUAAACAGCUUGUAAUCUUGGAAGAAGAAUAUGAAGAUAUUUCACCAGAUGACCUGAGAAGUGAACUCCCAGAGAGACAACCACGAUUUCUUGUGUACAGUUAUAAAUACAACCACUCAGAUGGAAGAGUUUCCUAUCCCCUCUGCUUCAUCUUCUCCAGCCCUGUCGGUUGCAAGCCUGAGCAGCAGAUGAUGUACGCUGGUAGCAAGAACAGAUUAGUGCAGGCUGCAGAACUCACCAAGGUGUUUGAGAUCAGAAACACAGACGACUUGACGGAAGACUGGCUGAGAGAAAAGCUGUCCUUUUUCGGCUAAUCAAAGCAACCCUAUUUCCCAACAGCAUGGACGGAUGUCUUUAUUUUUUAAAACAAAUUCGAUUAACUAAGAAAAAUGGUACUGUGUUUUAAAUGUCAUCUUUAAUUACCUUCUCCUUCCCCCGUUGGCCCAACCUACUCGAUAAUCCUAAAAUCUAUGAUACGAUACAUUCUCUGUGCUACGCCUGUUUGUAAAAACAAAGAAAGCGCAAACAACUCAUUCAAAAUAUAUAAUGAAACACCA